AUCAUGUUACUUGAAAAAAAUUGUAUCAUUAGCAUACUUCUCUCAAUCCUUCCGAUUAUAAGCGCCAUUGUAGUUUGACAACAAACAAAAUGUCCUCGUUCAUGAUUGAAUAUCAGAAGCUCCAAAUUCCACUUGAAUACAUACAACAGGCCACCGACAACUUUGGUGACAGCCACUUCCUUGCCGAAGGUGGAUUUGGGAAGGUGUAUAGGGGAGAAUUAAUCCUAUCUAACGGUCCAACCAUGGCUGCUGUAAAGCGCUUGAAUCCUUCAAAUAAUCAAGGGGACGCAGAUUUUUGGAGAGAGAUCAUGUUGCUUUCCAAAUAUAAACAUGAAAAUAUCAUCUUACUCCUCGGCUUCUGCUAUCAAAGUAAGGAAAGGAUCCUUGUGUAUGAGUAUGCUCCAAAGAAUAGCCUGAACAAUCAUCUACAUGACCCCAAGUUCUCAUGGAUUCAACGUCUCAAGAUAUGUCUUGGGGCUGCACGUGGCUUGGAGUACCUUCACAAUCCCAGGGGAGGUCAACAAAGAGUCUUACAUCGUGAUAUCAAAAGUGCUAACAUCUUGUUGGACCAAAACUGGAAUGCAAAAAUUGCAGAUUUUGGCUUUUCCAAAUAUGGCCCUGCCAACCAAGAACACUCGAUUCUUUUCUCUGAUCCGAAAGGCACUCUUGGCUAUUGUGAUCCUGUUUUUAUAGAAACAUCGUUUUACAAAAAAGAAUCCGAUGUCUACUCUUUCGGGGUUGUACUAUUUGAAGUUUUGUGCUCAAGGCUUUGUGUUGAUUAUAGUUAUGAUGAUAUGCGAAGAUCCCUACCUGCAUUUGUGAAGAACUCUUCUAAAGAUAAAAUCAGGGAUGCAAUUAUCGAUGUUAAUCUACUGCAACAAAUGGAAGAAAAUUCUUUUGACACCUUCAUAACACUCGCACAUAAAUGUUUGGAAAGAGAGCAGAAAGAACGUCCAUCUAUGGAGUUGAUCGUGAAGAAGAUUGAAACUGCACUCAAAUAUCAGGAACAAAGAAACGCCGUUUUUGCAAAUAAUGUGAACUCCACAUCAUCUUCAACAAAAUAUGAAGUAAAAGAGAAGCGAGAUCUAGUUACUCAGAAAGAAAAAGCUGGGGGAAAUGAACAAAAAGAAGUCGUGUUUUCAGAUAAUGUGAAGUCCACAUCAUUGUCAACGGCAUAUGCAGUAAAAUUAGAGAAGCCAGAUCUACUUCCUCAAACGGAAGAAGUUGGGAGAAAUCAAUUAGAGGAAAAUCCUGAUGAUGAGAUCAAAAAGUGGUCAAGCGGAAAAGAAGGGAAUUUGCGUGCACUGCUUUCAACACUACAUGAGAUUCUUGAACCUGAAAGUUAUUGGGAACCGGUUUCAUCGACAGAUAUGAUCGACUCUGAUGCUGUACGGAAAAGCUAUAAGAAAGCUAUUUCUCUUAUCCGUCCUAAAAGGCUGACACAGCGACGGGCGAGCACUAGGGAAAAGUAUAUAUGCAGUAAGGUUAUCGAAAUGUUAAAGGUGGGUCUAGUGAGUUUCAAAUCUGAAGAGAGAGCUAUUAAAGAAAAACAGAUAUCUGAAGAGGGAGAUCAGCUUCGUAUUCUAGGCGAACAACAUGAUGAUGAUAUCAAAAGGUGGUCAAAGGGAAGAGAACGGUGCUUGGGUGAUCUACUCUCAAACCUACAAUAUAUCCUUGGACCCGAAAGUGGUUGGGAACCGGUCUCCCUGCCAGGUCUGUGGAGCACUGCAGAUACAGAUGAAGAGUACCAUAAAUCUCUUCUUCUAACCGAUCCUGACACGCUGAACAACCGAGGGGCAAGCAUGAAGGAAAAGUAUAUAUAUGGAGAGGUUCGCAAAAUUUUAAAGAAUGGUUGGGAUUCUGCAGUUGCUGAAGAGAAAUAGCAGCCUCAUACUCCAUACAUGUAAGAGGUUCUUGGUUGUUCUUAAAGCGCAUUUUAACAAGCUGAAUUUAACCAAUAAAUUCUUGGGUUAAAAGUUUAAUAAAUGCGGUAUUGGGCCCAUGUAGCUAGAAUUUUCAAGGCUCAUAUAGGCUGGUCUAUACCAUCUUGAGUGAUUUUUGCUUUGUUAAUUUGCAUGGUUCAAAUGUCCAAUUAGUAGUUUCAACAUUCACUGACGUAACCAAGUUUUCCUCUGUAAGGUAAAAAUGUAGUUUCAUUUAGUAUCAGAUG